CCGAGCUCCCAUCUUGUCGCAUAUCGGGAGGCAUAAUCCACGAGGCAUUGAUCAAGUACAGUCUCCCCAGUCCUUCGAGACUCGCAGCCUCUUUUCCACGAAACCAACUGGAACAUCCCGCAACCAUGGCUUCCAAACCCAAAGACCCCUCCCACCCAUCCGCGCCUGCCUCUUCGACAUGGACGGCCUCCUCAUCGACUCCGAAGACAAAUACACCAUCUGCACAAACGAAGUCCUGCGCGAAUACGGCCGACCCGGCGUUCCGUGGAACAUAAAAGCACAACUGCAAGGCCGUCCGGCGCCACAAGCCGGUGGCAUCUUCUGGGAAUGGGCGAAGCUGCCCCUCUCGCGAGAAGAGUUUUACACCAAAGUCCAGGCAUUGCAGAAAACGCACUUCCCCACUUGCAAACCGCUGGCGGGCGUGCCAGAGCUGUUGCGCAUAUUGGGCAAGCAGACGGAUGUCAAGAUUGCGUUGGCGACGAGUAGUCAGACGAUGAAUUUCAAACUCAAGACGGGCCAUUUGGAGGAGUUGUUUGCUGUCUUUGCGGACGAGAACCGGGUGUUGGGAGACGACGAGAGGAUUGGGAAGGGGAGGGGCAAGCCGGCGCCGGACAUCUAUCUGGUGGCACUGGAGACGAUAAAUGCACGGUUGAGGAAGGAGGGUGGGAAGGAAAUUACGCCGGCGGAGUGCUUGGUCUUCGAGGAUAGUGUGCCGGGCGUGGAGUCGGGACGAAGAGCAGGCAUGCAAGUGGUGUGGUGUCCUCACCCGGGACUACUCAACGAAUACAAAGGGCGGGAGGCGGAGGUCCUUGCUGGGUUGACGGGAGAGCACAAAGAGGUGCAAGAGAAGAAUGAGGAGAUUGGCGUAGUCGCCGCCGACGGCUCGGAAAGGAAGAAGGGUGCGCCGGGAGAGUUGAACGACGGGUGGGCGAAAUUCCUGCCUUCUCUGGAGGAUUUUCCCUACCAAGAUUAUGGCAUUAAUAUUAGAAAAGAAGACGGACGGUUAUAGUCGACGAGUCAGGUCUGGCAUCGGUCAUCAGCUAUGUACAGAGUCUGUGCCAUUUGCACGUCCGUCAUCAGGCCGUUUAGAUUAUAUGAAUAGAGGUGGUAGGACUAAUGUCAGAAUGAGAUGACAGAAAGACAAUCACUGCGCGCCUGGUGGAAUGAAGACGGUGCUUACGUCGAGGCUGUCACCAGAAACAGACUCAUCCUGCAGAUCACUGGUUUACGACAGUCACUCGCGCUAAAAUCUCACCUUACGUCGCCC